UAAAUAUGGCCUCGCUCCCUUUGGAACGCUGGAAAAUCCUUUAAGACUCCCAUCCCUCGUAGAGGAGCAGUAAUGCCACAUCAUUUUCGCAUCCAGAUCCACAGCCCAUGUCUUCCCGUGCCAUUCCCCCGACUUGGUGCUCGCCUGACCACAGUCAGUGAGCACAGCAAGCUCGCAACAGCUAGUGUCGCUGCAGCCUCGCCCUCGAGAGCUCUGCGACCGCACAGGCACAGGCACAGGCCAAGAGCAACGACGGCAGGGCAAGCGAUGGAGCAAGGCGGCAAGGCGGCGCUCGGCUGGGCGGCGAGGGACCCCACCGGCGUCCUCUCCCGCUACAGCUUCUCGAGAAGGAAUGAGAGAGACGACGACGUCACGAUCAAGGUGCUCUACUGCGGGAUCUGCCACACCGACCUCCACAUCAUCAAGAACGACUGGGGCAACGCCAUGUACCCUGUUGUUCCCGGGCACGAGAUCGUCGGCGUGGUGGAGAACGUCGGCAGCGGCGUCACGAAGUUCAAGGCCGGCGAUACGGUGGGCGUGGGCUACUACGUCGGGUCGUGCCGCUCCUGCGAGUGCUGCGGAAAGGGGUACGAGAACUACUGCGCCGGGGUCGUCCUCACCUCCAACGGCGUCGACCACGCGCACGGCGGCGCGGUCACGCGGGGUGGCUUCUCCGACGUCAUCGUCGUGAACGAGCACUACGUGGUUCGCGUCCCGGAAGGCCUGCCGCUGGACAGGACCGCGCCGCUGCUCUGCGCCGGUGUCACGGUGUACAGCCCCAUGAUGCGCCACGGCCUGAACGAGGCCAGCAAGCACCUGGGCGUCGUGGGACUCGGCGGCCUCGGCCACGUCGCCGUAAAGUUCGGCAAGGCGUUCGGGAUGAAGGUCACCGUCAUCAGCACGUCCCCCAGCAAGCGCCAGGAGGCGCUCGAACACCUCGGCGCCGACGAGUUCUUGGUCAGCCGCGACCCCGAGCAGAUGCAGGCGGCGGCGGGCACGCUGGACGGCAUCAUCGACACGGUGUCGGCGUGGCACCCGAUCACGCCGCUGCUGGCGCUGCUGAAGCCGAUGGGGCAGAUGGUGAUCGUGGGCGUGCCGAGCAAGCCGCUGGAGCUUCCGGUGUACGCCAUCGUGCCCGGCGGGAAGGGCAUCGCUGGGAACAGCGUCGGCAGCGUCAGGGACUGCCAGGCCAUGCUGGAGUUCGCGGGUAAGCACGGCAUCGGCGCGGAGGUGGAGGUGAUCAAGAUGGACUACGUCAACACGGCAAUCGAGCGGCUUGAGAAGAACGACGUCCGCUACCGCUUCGUCAUCGACGUCGCCGGCAGCCUCGGCUCCGCCACCUAGGCACCGUCGCUUCUGAAGGCUGCGUUGCUUAUGGGAAUGCUGCCGAAUGAGUUCAAUAAUUAGCUGCCGCGAAUGAUCGUCGAUGCUUGUUGAUAAGUUCAUGUCUUGUGUUACGGGUUUGUGGUUAUUAUAGUUUCAUAUGCAAAUAAGAGAGACACGGUGUUCUAGUCUUUGCAAUUAGAUGCCGAAGGAUGGUCGAUGCUUGUUGAUAAGUGAACACUUUUACAUAGCACUGUGUAUUUAAAGCUGUGCUCUGUUUUCUCUU